CUGCGUCCUCAUCACAUGACCGUUUAACACAACAACAAAGAUGUCUGCUCUGUACAGCCCGGCGCACUAACAGCUCAAACCUUCCCAACCUCAAACCGCUGCAUUUAAACCGGUAACUGAGACUACUGGAGCUGUACUGUGAGGUCUGUAAGAGACUGAGGCGCUUGGGUUGAGCUCGGAAGUCAGACAGCUACAAUAUGGAUCCGACAGCAUCUGGGAUUUUCUGCAACAGAAUGCUAAGCAUGGUCAAUUCUGAGGAUGUGAACGCCAUCAUUCAAGCCCAGAGACACAUGCUGGACCGCUUUGAGAAGACCAAUGAGAUGCUCAUUAACUUUAAUGGUUUGUCCAAUGUGCGACUUCAACAGAUGAACGACCACUUUCUGCUCCACACUCGCACUUUAAUUGAGAUGAAGAAGGAUUUGGACAGUAUUUUCCGGCGAAUAAGGACAUUGAAGAGUAAGAUUUCAAAGCAGUAUCCUGAGGCUUUCAGCAACAUCCACGAGUCUCCUAGCCUAGAGGAUGAUGAUGAUGAGUUUGACCCAAUCCCUCCCAGUGUGGCCACCACUGCCACCACAACAGAGCAGAGCACCGAGUCAUGUGACACCAGCCCUGACGUAAUUUCACCCACCAUCAGCCGCUGCUCAGAGGAGCUCUCCCAGGAGAAUCCCGACACGCCUACGUCUAACAGCCCAGAGAGGGCUGUACUGCUGGACGAGGGUCCAGAUUCAGCUGAGAUCUAGAGUCUUUAGAUGCUUCUGCAUAUUUGAGUUACUUUAGAACCUCAUAUUAACAGCAGGAUUGCAUUAAAUAGCCUGCAUGGGAGGAAGAUGCUACACCAUUUGCCAUUCAUGCAUUUAGACAGUUAUUCAGUUUAGGUUUGGAGAUAAAUGAGAUGUCUGAGUCACUUGUAUUGUUCAUAUUUUAUGUCACAGUGGGCAUUAUUGUUACAUAUUGUAUGUAUUUUACCCUCAGAAUGAGAGCUUAUUUAUUUUUUACCUCACAUUAAAGUAGCCUGCCCCACAUUGCUUCAAAUGCACUCUUUUAAACUCUAACUCAUGUAAUUUUGAUGUGCAGUAUAUAUUAAUUCUUACAACUUUAACUAAAAAUAAUAAGUCAUGCUUUGUGUAUUUUAUCAUCUUCAUCUGUAUAUUAAAACAAGAUUGCUUUUUA